CGCCUGCUUGAGACUCAGACCGAACCACCUUCCUCUCUGCUCCCAAGACGGAGAACAAGACAGGCAAGCGGACUCCGCACCAAAGGAAGGCGCUUCCCCACGAAGGCUGCACAGAGCGAAGCCAGAUCCGACAGCAGCGACCCUCUCUCGCCACAAGGCAGUGAGAUUUUGCGAGCCCUCGCCGGACCAGGAGCCCCUCCGCUUCCGCGCAACUUUUGCCGCCGUCUCUGUCGCCCUGAACAUGCUGGCAAGGAUGGGACUCCUUCGCAGCUUCGCCUUGGCGCUCGUCGUCGCCCUCUGGAGCCGGGACGUGGCCGGCCAAGACUGCAGCGGGCAAUGCCAGUGCGAAUCCGCGCCCCCCGAAUGCCCGCCUGGCGUCAGCCUGGUGCAAGACGGCUGCGGGUGCUGCCGGGUGUGCGCCAAGCAGUUGGGUGAGCUGUGCACCGAGAGAGACCCCUGCGACCCUCACAAGGGGCUUUUCUGCGACUUCGGCUCCCCGGCCAACCGGAAGAUUGGCGUCUGCACCGCAAGGGACGGCGCCCCCUGUGUCUUUGGAGGCAUGGUUUACAGGAGCGGAGAGUCUUUCCAGAGCAGCUGCAAAUACCGAUGCACUUGCCUGGACGGGGCUGUGGGCUGUGUGCCUCUCUGCAGCAUGGAUGUUCGCCUGCCCAGCCCCGACUGCCCUUACCCACGAAGAGUGAAGCUGCCAGGCAAAUGCUGUGAGGAAUGGGUGUGUGAUGAGCCCAAAGACAAAGAACAGACUGCCGUUGGACCUGCUCUUGCUGCUUAUAGACUGGAAGACUCUUAUGGACCUGACCUAUCCAUGAUGCGUGCCAACUGCCUGGUCCAGACCACGGAAUGGAGUGCCUGCUCCAAGACUUGCGGAAUGGGCAUCUCCACCAGAGUUACCAAUGACAAUGCCCACUGCAGACUGGAGAAGCAAAGCAGGCUUUGCAUGGUGAGGCCAUGUGAAGCAGACCUGGAGGAGAGCAUCAAGAAGGGAAAGAAGUGCAUUCGUACUCCCAAGUUCUCCAAGCCUAUCAAGUUUGAGCUGUCUGGCUGCACCAGUGUAAAGACCUACCGGGCCAAGUUCUGUGGCGUCUGCACCGAUGGCCGAUGCUGCACCCCUCACAGAACAGCCACCCUCCCUGUGGAAUUCAAGUGUCCCGAUGGGGAGGUCAUGAAGAAGAGGAUGAUGUUCAUCAAGACCUGUGCAUGUCACUACAACUGCCCUGGAGACAACGACAUCUUUGAGUCAAUCUACUCCAGGAAGAUGUACGGAGACAUGGCAUAAAGCCCAAAGAGAGACUUUGAAAAACUUGACGGUCAACUUGAACUUAAUAAUUUGCAUCUCAUUUUGUAAAACGUGAUUCGAUAGCACAAGGUAUUUAAAUGUCUGCUUUGGGGGGGGGGGACAAAAAGCAGAAUGUCCUAUGUGAUUUCAGACAAAACUGUCUAUUGACCCCAAACAUUGGUUUGAAGGAAAAAUAGUAAUAAUAAGAUGGACAGUGAGGAGCGACAAUGAAGUUGCGCCUCAGAACAGAGUAUAUGGGGGGGGGUUUAUAGGGAUUACUUAAGGGGACAUGUGCCAUCUCGAGCAGCCUUUUCGUGGUGUGUUAGCAUGUCUUCCACCAAAUAGUGCAAUCAGAAAGGACGCUUAGCAAGGCUACUGUCACGGGUUUCCGUGAUGGUAGGUGCUGGACUGGAAAUUCUCACCCAGCAAGGUGCUAAGUAAUUGUGUUCUGUUAGAACAGCAAUAGUUUUGCUUUGAAGUUCUGAUUCAAAUGGUUUGUUCAGAAUGAAUCGGAAUUAGACUGGACAGCAUGUGGCAAUGAAUUUGCCUGCCACAAGCUAGAUUUUUUUAAUUAAUAUUGUAAUAUUGCAAUCUUGUAAAUACUGUUGUGUGUGUGUGUGUGUUUGUGUGUGUGUGUGUGUACAUAUAUAUAUAUAUUGUACAGUUAUCUAAGUUAAUUUAAAGUUUUAUUCCCUUUUGUGUUAAUGCUUUGAUACAUCAGUGUUAGCCUCAUCUUUUUUUACAAUUCAAGGCUUUAUCAUUCAAAUACAAUCCAAUGCAUUCAUUUAACACAAGAAAUAGAUUCUCUUUGGGAAGUUCAGUUAGUGGGGUUGGGUGUUGCAGUGAAACGAAGUGAUGCUUUGCUGAACAAUAUGCACCAGCAGAGUCCUUGCGAAGCUCAUCAUCAAAUCAAGGACAAGGAGAGGGAAAUCGGAUUCUCUCUGCCUUAAUGAACGUACAUGGACUGCAGCGAAAUGAGUGGCUUAUUUGUUAGUUGACCAAUCUUUCCACCUGGGAACAGUCUUGUUACCUGUUGAGAAGUGUGACCAAAAGUUACAUGUCUGCACCUUUCUAGUUGGAAAAAAAAUUAAAGUAUUUUAUUUUUUAUAUAAA